AUGCAUGUGAUCAGCACUCCGACAAGCGAUUCGACUCCCGUCGAGUCGGAGGUCACGAGCAAAUGCUCCAGUGACGAUGGCAUCUCCAGCCCGCCGGAGAUCUCCGGCCUCAGGGCAUCCGCCUCUCCCGGACACCGCCAGCAGGUCCCCAUCGCCGUCGUCGGCAUCGCCUGCCGCCUGCCCGGCCACGGCAACUCGCCCACGGCGCUCUGGGAGUUCCUCCAGAAGGGAGGCAUCGCCAAAAACGAGCCCCCUCCGUCCCGCUUCGGCCUCGAAGGCCACUACGACAAGACGAGGCGGCCGCGGACCAUGAAGUCCCCCGGCGGGAUGUUCAUGGAGGACGUCGACGCCGAGGUCUUCGACGGCCAGUUCUUCAACAUCAGCCGUGCUGACUGUAUCGCCAUGGACCCCCAGCAACGGCAGCUGCUGGAGGUGACCUACGAGUGUCUCGAGAAUGCCGGCAUUCCCCUCGAGUCGCUGAGUGGCACCAAGACUGGUGUCAUUGCUGGCACGAACUUCAUAGACUACGCUGCCAUUCAGAACCGUGAUCCCGAGGACAGAGCCGACUCCAUCACCAUCGGUCUGGCUUCGUCAAUCCUGAGUAAUCGCGUCAGCCAUUUCCUCAACGUGAACGGUCCAAGCAUGACCAUCGACACGGCCUGCUCGGCCAGUCUAGUCUCCGUAGACGUAGCCUGCCGCUACCUGGACGCCUUCCAAGCCGACGCCAUGAUCGUCGGGGGAGCCAACAUGUGGAUCACCCCGGAACACAACGAGGAGGUCGGCAUGAUGAACAUGACCCAGUCCGCCUCGGGCAAGUGCCACAGCUUCGACGCCAAGGCCGACGGCUACGUCAAGGCCGAGGGCAUCAACGCCGUCUUCCUCAAGCGCCUCGACGACGCCCUGCGCGACGGCGACCCCAUCCGCGCCGUCAUCCGCGGAACCGCCGCGAACGCCUCCGGCCGUACCGCAGGCAUCGCCAACCCCAGCCCCGACGCCCAGGCCGCCGUCACCCGGGCGGCGUAUAAGAACGCCGGCAUCGUCGAUUUCAAGGCCACCCACUUCCUCGAGUGCCACGGCACCGGCACGCUCGCUGGCGACCCCGUCGAAGUGAAGGGCGCAGCCUCCGUGUUCGCGGCCGGCCGCGAGCCCGGCCAAGAGCUCGUCAUCGGCUCCAUCAAGAGCAACAUCGGCCACUCCGAGGCCGCUGCUGGCCUGUCCGGUCUGCUCAAGGCCACCAUGGCCCUGGAGAAGGGCAUCAUCCCCGGCAACCCCACCUUCAUCGACCCGAACCCCAACAUCGACUGGAAGGCCUCCAUGGUGAAGGCGUCGAGGACGUCUCUGAAGUGGCCGAGCACAUCCGCCGUCCGUCGUGCCAGCGUCAACUCGUUCGGCUUCGGCGGUGCCAACGCCCACGCCGUGCUGGAAAACGCACCCCUCACGUCGCCCCACGUCCUGUCCUACAACCAGGCCGUGUCCACCAAUUUCUUCGACGACGACGAAGACGAAGAGGAGGACUACGACGAGGCAAGCAUCUCCGGGCCGCCCACCGUCCUGGUGUUCUCCGCCAACGACCAGGCGUCGCUCAAGAGCUACACCAAGUCUCUCUCCUCCCAUCUCCUGAACCCCAUGGUGUCUGUCGAGUUGGCGGACCUCGCCUACACCCUCUCCGAGAGGAGGAGCAGGCAUUACUACCGGGGAUACGUCAUUACACGCUCGACCAAGGCCAAGUUCAGCCAGGACGCACUCGUGACGGGGAAGCAGAGGACAUCACCUCCCAGGAUUGGCUUCGUCUUCACCGGACAGGGUGCACAGUGGUCCCAGAUGGGGCGAGAGCUUCUGGAGGCCUUUCCCCAAGCCAAGAGCGUCAUCCAGGACCUGGACGACGUCCUGCAGGCACUACCAGAGCCUCCCGAGUGGAGGCUUCUCAACGAACUCACCGAAGACCGUACACCGGAGGCUCUGCGCCAGCCUGAAUUCUCGCAGCCUCUCGUGACGGCGCUACAGCUCGCGCUCCUCGACGUCCUGGAGCACUGGGGCAUCCGACCCAAGGCUGUCGUCGGCCAUUCGUCCGGUGAGAUUGCCGCCGCCGCCGCCGCCGGACUGAUGUCGCGCGAGGACGCCAUCAAGACCGCAUACUUCCGUGGCCAGGCCGCGAAGAAAGUCGGCCCCGCCCCCGAACCCGUGGGCAUGUUGGCUGUCGGCGUCGGUGCCGAGACGGUCGAGAAGUACCUCCGGCCCGAAGAGGGCAAGAUCCAGAUCGCUUGCUACAACAGCCCGACCAGUCUGACCAUGUCCGGCACCGCCUCCGCCUUGGAGAAGCUUCGCGACCGGCUUCAGGAAGAUGGCCAUUUCGCCAGGCUGCUCCUCGUCGACCUCGCCUACCACUCCGACUACAUGGCCGAGAUUGGGGAGGUGUAUGAGGGCAUGCUCCUGAGCAGCAACACGCCCGCGAAGAAAGAGCCCAACGCCUACAGCCAGGCGUCCGGCGUGCGCAUGUUCAGCUCUGUCACGGGCAAGCCGCUGUCGUCAUCGGAAGCCCCCGACGCAGCCUACUGGAAGAAGAACAUGGUCUCCCCAGUGCAGUUCACCCAGGCUGCGUCCGAACUGCUCCUCGACGCCCAGGAGGGCGCCGACUUCCUCGUCGAGCUCGGCCCCAGCAACGCCCUGUCUGGGCCCAUCUCGCAAAUCAAGAAGGCCGUAGCCAGCACCAACAUGGCCGCCGGCGAUGCGCAGUACGUGUCGGCGCUGAAGAGAGGUGCCGACGCGACCCUGGCCUUGUACAACGCCGUGGGACAGCUGUUCCUCGCGGGAGGCCAGGCCGAUCUCGCCCGUGUGAACCGCGUGCACCGGUAUAAUGCGCGCGUCAUCGUCGACCUGCCCAACUACGCGUGGAACCAUUCGACCAGCUACUGGCACGAGUCGCGGGCCAGCAAGGACUGGCGGUUCAAAAAGUUCAUCAACCACGACCUCCUCGGCUCCAAGAUGCUGGGCACCCCCUGGCAGGCGCCUAUCUUCAAGAAAGUCCUCAAGGUCGCCGAUCUUCCGUGGCUCCGGGACCAUAAGCUGGGCAGCGAGCUGGUCUUCCCCGCCGCAGGAUACGUGGCCAUGGCAGUGGAGGCCGUCUACCAGACUACUCUGGUGACCAAGUGGAAGGGCGAAGCGCCCCCUCGUUACCGUUUCCGCCUGCGGGAUGUGAAGCUCCUCCGUGCCAUGGUCCUCGAGGAAGGUACCGAAACUCGGAUGACGCUGUCCCUUACGCCCGUCAAGGGAGGUUCGACCCGGUCAUGGUUCGAGUACACGGUCUGCACCAUGCAGGACGCGCUCCCCGUCGACCCCGUGCACAGCGCCGGCUUGGUGUGCAUCGAGACCGACUACCAGGACGACCGCACCGCACCAGCCGGCGCUGUGGCGCCCCUUGAGCUGGCGACAUCCGCUCGCGUGUGGUACAAGGCCCUGGCGGAUCUGGGGUACAACUUUGGCCCGAGCUUCCAAAAGCACCUGCAGGUCGAGGCCACCAUGGGUCAGAGGAAGAGCCGAUCCACCGUCAACCUCGAGCCUCCUCCGGGUCAUCCGAACGGACAGUCCUUCUACCCGCUCCACCCGGCCGUCAUGGACGCAUGCUUCCAGUCUGCAUCGCCGCCUCUGUGGAAGGGCGAUCUCCCUUCUACAGGAGCCACUGUCCUCGUGCCCAAGAUCAUCGACAGCAUCGUCAUCGAGGCUGGCCAAGACUGGACGCUGCCCGUGGAGGGCGUCUCCCUAGCCUCCGCGCGCUUCCUCGGGGUAGGCAACGCAGAGAACCCCCGCAACUACGCCACCAGCGUCGAGCUAUACAAUCCCCAGGACGGCACCUUCCUGUUCGAAAUGAGCGGCCUGGCCUCGGGCGAGAUGGAGACGAGCGAUAUGGAGAAGCCCAAGCAGACGCUUAUGCGUGUGGCUUGGAACGCGGACGUCGAUUUGCUGAUGGCGGGUGAUGAGGCGGCGAAGAAGCAGUGGCUCCAGGAAAAGCCGAUUGGAGACGUGAUCGACCUCAUGGCGCACAAGAAGCCAGGCCUCAGCGUCCUAGAGCUGAACCUCGGAUCCGAAGACGGUUCCAGUUUGUGGCUGCCCGAGGAGGAGAAGGAGAAUGCCAUCCGCGCAGCCUGCUCCCAAUACCACCUGGCAGUCCGAGAGGCCAAGGUGCUGAUCGGUGCCCAGGAACGCCUCGGUUCUCGUGUCCCUUCUCCCCAGUUCCACUUGGUGGAUGCCUCCAAGCCGGCAGAGGUCGCAGGAGACGUCAAGCUCGACCUGGCCAUCGUCAAGGCAACGCCAGAUUCGGGCAUCGAUGAGGCGACGGUGGUGAAGAGCCUGGCCACGGCUGUCGCGGAGGGCGGAUAUAUCGUCGCCAGCGGAUUCAGCGAGUCGGCCUUCAGCAGUAUCGGAAAGACGACGGUCUUCGGCGAAAACUCAAUCAUCUGCCAGGUUGAAAGCUUUGGCGAGGCGGAUAAUACAAGCGAAGAACCGCAGAGCAAGACUGUUGCCCACAUCAGUCUUGUUGAAUCGCAGACGACCAGCGUGGCCGGCAUGGUGGACGCACUCACAGCCAAGGGCUGGGCUAUCCAAACAGCAGUCGACCCCAUCAAGGAGAUCUCUUCGUCAUCUGGCGGAAGUGAAGCCGUCGUCGUCGUCCUCGAUGAGCUCUUCGAAUCGGUGACUGACCGUUUCAACGACAACCAAUGGGCAAUUCUCAAGCACCUCGCCCAAGAACGAUGCCGCCUCCUCUGGGUGACGGCCGGGGCGCACCUUUCUGUCACCGACCCGACCAAGGCGGCCAUCACCGGUCUUCUCCGCACCCUGCGAGCGGAAGAGCAGCUGCCGUUCGCGACCCUCGACGUGGAGAGCGCCACUGGUGAGGCCACGGCCUCGGCUAUUUCGGCGUGCCUGGAGCGCGUGUCUGCGCCGGAGUUUGGAAAAUCCGAUAGCGGUCCAACCGACAACGAGUUUGUCGAACGCGGCGGCGUCGUGUCUGUUAGCCGUCUGGUGCCUGACGCGGAGAUUACCACGACCCUCCAGAGCGACACGCCGCAGACCCAGAUGGUGGAUCUGCGUGCGUGGGAGGCGCCAGUGCAGCUGCGCUGUGAGCGCCUCGGCAACCUGGACGCUGUUCACUUUGCCGAGGCGGCCCCCGAGGCCGUGCCCCUUGCUCCCGGCAUGGUCGAGGUGGAGGUGCGGGCUGCUGGCCUGAACUACAAGGAUGUGGUGGUCACAAUGGGCAUCGUGCCUGGCGACGAGACGGCGCUGGGUCACGAGGCCGCUGGUGUGGUUUCCAGGGUCGCUCCGGGGGUGACGGGAUUCGCCCCAGGGGACCGCGUGGUCGUCUUCGGCAAGGGAUGUUUCUCGAACCGGCUGCAAGCUGUACCGGCUCGCGUGCAUCGCAUCCCCGACAACCUUUCUUUCGACGAGGCGGCAACGCUACCGGUUGUGUACCUGACAAGUCUCUAUGCGCUCUUCGAUAUGGGCCAACUUUCGUUCGGCAAGCGGGUGCUCAUUCAUUCCGCGGCCGGAGGCGUGGGCAUCGCGGCUAUCCAGCUCGCCAAGUACGUCGGUGCGGAAGUGUUUGUGACGGUGGGAACGGCCGAGAAGCGGGAGUUCCUCAAGUCGACGUUUGGUAUUGCCGACGAUCAUAUCUUCAACUCACGCAACACCGACUUUGCGGGCCAGAUUCUCGCGGCGACGGACAACAAGGGCGUCGACGUCGUGCUCAACUCGCUUAUCGGCGAUAUGCUGGACGAGUCGUUCCGUAUGUUGGCGGACGGCGGAAUUAUGGUCGAGAUCGGCAAGAGAGACAUUCUCGAUCGCAACAGCCUGUCGAUGGAGCCGUUCGACCGCAACAUCUCGUUCAGGGCCGUCGACUUCUCCCCCGAGAGAGCUCAGGACGCGGUCGUGUCGCGACUGAUGAACAAGCUCUUUGAGCUCGUCAGGAGCGGCCAUGUUAAGCCCAUCAAUCCUAUCCACCGAUUCUCGUGGACGGACAUCCCUUCAGCCCUCCGGUUCCUUCGAACGGGCAAGCAUAUCGGAAAGAUUGUCCUGUCGGAUGAUGGUCCCGAUGCGAAGAUUCAAGUUCCGAUCCGACGAGCUCCUAAGAAUCUGCGUCUGCUGGAAGAUAAGUCCUACCUCAUUGUGGGCGGUCUUCGCGGCCUUUGCGGUUCCCUCGCCAUAUACCUGGCGAAGGCCGGAGCAAGGCACAUUUCCGUCAUGGCUCGCAGUGGAUACGGUGAUGAAAAGUCGCGGGGUGUGGUGAAGCAGAUCAAGGCACUCGGAGCACACAUCGACCUCUUGACGGCCGAUGUCACCAACGCGGAAGACGUCGAGCGGGCGUUCCAGGAGACAAAGGUGCCCAUCGGAGGCAUAAUCCAGGGUGCAAUGGUUCUUCGGGAUCGGCCGUUUGACUCGAUGACCCUCACCGAGUACCACGAAGCCAUUGGCUGCAAGAUUCAGGGCACCUGGAACCUGCACCAGACGGCAGAGAAGCUCCAGCUCAGCCUGGACUUCUUCACGCUCCUGUCGUCCAUCUCGGGCAUUGUGGGCAACCGUGGUCAGUCCAACUACGCGGCAGCCAACGUCUUCCUCGACGCGUUCGCGAGUUACCGCCGCUCCAGAGGCCAGGCAGCGAGCUCGGUCGACCUCGGCGUCAUCGAAGAUGCGGGUGUCAUUGCCGAGAACGAGAAGCUGCACGAUCAGUUCGACUCGCGUAUGUUCAAGGGCAUCAACAACGCCACGCUGAGCAAGAUCCUGUAUGUCUCGCUCCUGCAACAACAGCAGCAGCAAGAACAGGCGAUAUCGUCGUCUUCGUCUCUGUCGUCUGGCCUGGUCGAGCAAGCCCAGAUCAUCACGGGCCUUAUCGCGCCGCAGCCGGCCGACUCAAGCUUCAAAGACGAUGCACGCUUCUCCGCUCUCUUCACGGCCGAGGGCCAGGGUCAGGGAGGCGGCAACGGCAGCGGCGGAGGCAGCGGCGGGAAUACGGAAGUGAAGGCGCUCUUGCUGCUCUUGAAGAGCCCGUCGGCCGAUCCAGCGGCCAGGCUGAAGGCGACGGUGGAUGUGGUCAACGGCUGCUUCGUGAGGAUGUUGAGGUUGGCGGAGCCUAUGGAUCCGGCUCGACCGCUGGCCGUGUACGGCAUCGACUCGCUGACGGCUGUGGAGGUGCGAAACUGGGUGAGGGCGGAGCUCGGUGCGCUCGUGACGACACUGGACAUUAUGAAUGCCGCGUCACUCACUGCUUUCUGUGAGAAGAUCAUUGCCAAGCUGACGGCUGGUGGAAGAGGAGCCUUGGAAAUUAAUGACGAGAACAAGAGUCGGGGCGAGAAAGACAUCGACGUCACUAACACCACGACUCCUCUCCCCUCCCCCACCUCGUGUCUCUCAUUGUCCCCUCUACAUCAGGGCUGUCGAGAAACCCGAACAUCGAAGCCAUAUUCUCAGGCCCUUCGAUUUCGACAUCGAGGGAGCCGUCUCUUCGAGCCAACAGCCACCAUGGGCCGCUUUAACAUCCCUCUGCCGCCUCUUCGGCUUCCUCCUCUCCUCCGCUCCCUCCCCCCAAGGUCUCUUCAUAUCAUCGCCCUCCUGGUCGCCGUGAACAUCAUCCUCUGGAUUCUCGCCGCCGUCAUCCUAGCAGCCCAUCCCGCCCUCCUCUCCGCCGCCGCCCUCUCCUACAUUCUUGGCCUCCGUCACGCCCUCGACGCCGACCACAUUUCCGCCAUCGACCUCAUGACCCGACGUCUCAUCGCGUCUGGCCAACGCCCCGUCUCCGUCGGUACCUUCUUCUCCCUGGGCCACAGCACCAUUGUCAUUGUCACUUGCAUCAUUGUGGCAGCCACUAGCGGCGCCCUGCGAGACCGUUUCGACGACUUUGCCCGCCUGGGAAACAUCAUCGGCUCGGCCGUUAGCGCCGCUUUCUUGAUUCUACUUUGCCUCGGAAAUGGCUGGGUUCUCUAUCGAUUAAUCCAGAGGCUACGGAAGACCCUGGCUGAGGAACGCAUCCGAACUCGGACUUCAGCCGCAGAGGAUCUCGACUUUGACGACGCCGACCAUGAUGACGAUGCGGCUCAGAACCUUCAGCUGGAAGGCGAGGGUUUCCUGGCUAAUGUCUUUCGCAAGGUAUUCCGCAUCGUCGACCGGCCCUGGAAGAUGUUCCCCCUGGGUGUUCUCUUCGGGCUCGGCUUCGACACGAGUUCCGAGAUUGCCAUCUUGGGCUUAUCCAGCGUACAUGGUGCCCAGGGUACUAGUAUCUGGUUGAUUCUACUUUUCCCCGUCCUCUUCACAGCCGGCAUGUGCAUGCUCGACACCGCCGACGGCGCUCUCAUGAUGGCCCUCUACACCUCCAAGGCUUUUGCACGCGAUCCCGUCGCCAUCUUGUACUACUCCAUCGUCCUUACCGGCAUUACGGUCUUCGUCUCCGCUUUUAUCGGUCUCGUGCAGCUCCUCACCUUGAUUCAAAACGUCGCCGACCUCGAAGGCGGCUUCUGGGACGGCGUCGAGGCCAUCGGCGACCACUUUGACAUCAUCGGCGCCAGCAUCUGCGGUCUCUUCCUCGUCAUCGGCAUCGGUUCCGUUCUCGUGUACCGGCCGUGGCGGGCGAGGUUGGACAAGGCCAGCCGUGAGCAGGUCGGCGUCAGCCCGCCAUCCAACGAAGACGAAGAGGACGGGUUGGUCGGCAGAGCGUCCACCGAGCCCUUGCUGGGUCGCACUCCUUCCAACGGAAGACUGCCAUUAAGAAUAUGGGAAGACCCCAAAUCGCUGACGCUCAAGGGCCGUCUGGGUGGCGAUGGCCAGUUCCACGGCAUACGGUCCCUAUUAUAG